AUGAACCUAUUGAUCGGACUGAAGAGCGUGCAAGCAGAGCGCGACGCCGACAAUCUGCCCCGCGCGCAAGAUACACCGCCAGUCUUGCCUGCACAGCCCUUCAAGCUGUCGUCACGAAUGCUACUUCGCAUAACGUACGACGAAGACGAAGAGUUGCGCGCCGUCAUUGACAAGCACGACGCGAACACGUUUUUUGGCGAGGCAUGGGGCAUCUUGCAGGGCGGUCGUGUAAAUGGAUUCAAAACGCACGUGCUUAAUGCACCUCGCACUGGAAGGCAUCUUCCAGACAAGCAGCAGGAUGUUCUCGACACGUUGACAAGCCGCAUGGCGCAUUCAUAA